GCGAAGAAGCCUCGUUCUUGUCAAACUGGUCGCAUUAGCUGCUGUUCUUGAGGGCAUUUCCCGCUUGUCACCGUCCUUUUUUCUCCUUGCGUGCUUCAUUGCCUGUUUCAUCGCUCUCAGGUCUGUCGCUAGCCUCUCGUUUCUGUCUGGGCGUGUUCUCGUUCUAGCCGAGUCGCUCGGCUGCGAAGCCUUUGCCGUCCUCUCGUGAGCUUCCGUUCUCAUUCUGUAUCUCACAACUUGCCAGGCACGACAUUGCGCCGAGAGUCAAAAGAGAGUCAAAAAACGGUAGAUGACAAAAUGGAGCGCCUUCGGCUCGUCGCAUUUAUCCUCGAAGAGCUGCCACUCGACCGGCUCAGCUCUGCGCUUUUCUUUGACAGGUUUUAUUUCUGAUUACACCGAGAGGAUCACACUGGUAGCGAACCGAACCCUCAAAAGUAGAAGGCAGGGGUUUUCGGUGUGCUUGUUCUCGCAUCAACUGCACUCUACCAUUUAGCCAUUUCUACAACAAACUCAGCACUUGCAAUGAUGCGUUGCCGUCCGACCGCGUGUCUUAGUGUGCCUUUUGUACGCUUAACUCUGUCCUUUUUUCUGGUGACAGAACCUCCCUGAUUUUCUAGAGACAGAGCACGAACGCGUUUUCUCUCAAGGCUUCAAAGCUGUCCGUCGUAUCCCCCCUCAUGUGGUGAAUGAGUUUUUUCUUGACCAUUGACUUCAUUUCUCUGUUUUGAGUGUCAAAAAGGUGUUCUUUUCUAUCUUUCACUGUCACUGUACAUUUUCUUUGUUUUCUUUGUUUCACUCCCAUAGAAGAGAAGGACUGAGGUUGCCUCCAGGGGAACCUGGUUUCGCAGCGCCGUGUAGAAUAGCUGUCCGGGUAUUGUCGCCUCAUUCGCGAUUCUUUGUUUUGUUGGCACCCUUUAGGCGUUUUCAUGUUGCACCGAAGGGAAGUUUUCCCUCUUUCUGGCGUCCUGUUUCGCAUAUUCGCGUGGAGAAUCUACUUUAUCAUGUACCAGAACAUGGAUUGCACGUGGUGAAAGGGGAAGUGAAAGACAUUGGAGAGCCGGAAGAGGUGCACUUCCUUUCCGUUCAAUAAAUGUCUCCUGUACCCCUGUAGAUAGCAUUCUUGAUUCAAACAUCUUUCGUCGCUUUCGCAUCGCCCUCGUUUUUUUGUCACUGCCGCAACGAAGGAGUUCCAGUUGCUCUUUUUUUCUGUUAGCGACUGGUGCCAUAGCUUGCCCACGUUUUCCCCUCAAACGACUUUCAGCGAGAGGAAGGAGUAGAUGUGUAGACUCAAGGAAGAUGAGGUGGCAUAGUGCGUCCUUCUGCCGCUCCCAUCUUUCGUGCAUAGCAAGUAGUCCCGUUUUCCUUUGGCUUUUUGGUAAUCGAUUCAGCUCCACAGAGAUAGAACAGAAACGAGUAUUGCUGAGGACUGAAAGGGUACGAGUGCCGACUUCCACCGUUCGUGUUUCCUUUCUGGAAGUGUCUUUUUCGCUCUCUCUUCGUCUGCCUCUUCUUGGUCUUCUCGGCUCAUAGCCUUAGAGAGGUCAACUACGUGGACAGAGCAGGAAAGGAGGGAAGGACGCUCCACGCAUUGAUUCCUAAAGACGGAAAGGCACUUUUUAAGCUGAUGAAGUUGCAGGACUGCACCUUCGCUCCCUUGAUGCAUCAGAUCCGCAAAUCUACUUUCCUUCCAGUUGUCGCCGGGAUAAUACAAGCAGCAGAGGAGCAUAGAUAUAUAGAGAAAACGCAGACAGAAGAGAGGACGCGAGAGGUAGAGAAGAAAAGAGCCACAGAGAAGAAGAGAAACAGAAGAGUGGAAGUUGUUGUUCUUCCUUGUUUGCUUGGGGAGAGACACCGUUUCUUCCUACCUGCUUCGAUACCAGGCCCCUCCGCGGCUCUAGCGUCGUACAAUCUGUGUAAAACGGCGAGAGAUCCAUUCUUGACUGUGAAACAUUUAGAUCCUGGAAAGAAGAGAUUUCUCGUCGAAAAGAGGUUCUCUGAAGCAUGUGGCAACUGGGCAUCGCCUUCGCCGCCGUCGCCUCGUUUUGCGGGGCUGCGGGAGACGCUCUGGUCCGCCUUUCGUUUGUCGUGGAGAGGAAGAGACUCGCAAGCUACCGUCGAGAAGAGCGAAGGAGAGCGAAGGGCGGAAACGAAGAAGAGGCGAAACCGAAUAAGACGGGAGGGGCUGUUAGGACGAAUCACUCGAGAGCAGAAAAAAGCCGGUCUACCCGAGAGAAGAAGCAGUCGAUUUCUUGUCUGCAGGAUCCUGCUUCGACGAGAUUUUCCCCAGGAAAGAAGACAGAAUUGGCAGACAAAAGGGAGACUUUUGAGACCAGCGAGAAGUGCCAAAGGGGAGAUGAUAGAAGGGAAACUCCAAAUGUACUUGGGCGGGGGAAGAAAGGGGUGAUACAGAAGCUGACGGAUUGCUCCGCCACGGGGAGAAGGCCCUUGUAUUUGAGGCCCUUGUGGAUCAUCGGAACAUGUCUCGGGACAGUAAUAAACUCGCUGCUUUCUAUCAUCAGUCUCGACUUUGCAACUGCGGCAAUCGUCACGCCAUUUGCUGGGCUCCACAUCUUCUGGAAUGUCAUUCUAUCCCGCUUCGUCCUUCAAGAACAAGUACUGCCGCAACAUUACAUAGGAAGCGCAUUGAUUUUGCUAGGUCUUCUUCUGGUGUUAUGCUUCGGCGUUCAUACACCUCCGCCGCUUUCUCUGGAGCAGCUACUACGACUGUACUCGCAGAACACUUGCGUGUUCUACUUUUUCUUGUCAAUUCUUUGCAUCUCCUUCUGUAUCUUUGUCGCCCUUGUCGGCCGGGACUUUCCCGAAAGCGUUUCUCACUCUCCCUUCUCCUCGGUCACUUCCUGCCGCUCUCCCGCGCACAGCAAGCGCAGGACACUCGAGCUUCACGUGCUCGCGGGCCCUGCAUUGUCGUUUUCGUCCCCCAUUCCUUCUCUUUUCGCGUCUCAAAACGAAACCGACAGGAAGAAGACUUCUUCAGCUUCCUGUCCUUCACCCCGAGACCACAAGCCGGUUGCUUCUUCUGUGUAUGUCGCUUCCGAUGUUGAAGACCGUUCUCUCGCGCCGCCUCUUUCUUCGUUUCUUUUUUCACCUCCUUCUCUUCCUUUUUCCGGCCAACGGCACUUGAGGGGUCUCUUUGCUGUAGGAGGGAAACGGGAAACGAGUUUCUCUGAGGGAGAAGAAGACAGCCGGUGGGGAGAAGAAGACUCGCGCGAGAGAAAGGACCAGCGCUUCCCCCCGAAGAGACCGAGAGAGACAGGCGAUAGUUUAGUUCUUCAAGGAGACACUAUGCAGAUGCACCCGACAGAGGUCUUUCAGGGGGAGAAAACCGUCAGAACAUCGAGCUGUGGCCGUCACGACAGUCACAGACACUCCCAAGAGAUCUUCGGCGCGAGAGAGCUCUGUGUGACGGUGCCCGCCUCGACCGUGAAAGACGAUGAAGAGUGGAGAGGGACAGAGGAAGACUACGUCAGGCGAGUAGGUCGGCGCAGGAAGCCGGGAUCUUGUCGCGCCUUGAUCACCAACGAAGGCCGACUUUUCUCUUCUCACCCGCUUUUUUUCAACCCUGCGUUUCGGAGAUUCAGCACUGCGGCAGUCAGUGGCCUCUGUGGCGGCAACACGAAUGUCUUGAUGGAGCAUGUAAUGAAGGUGUGGCACGAGGAGACUUGGGAGAAUCUUUUCCACUACAAGUUCUUCAUUCUUCUGCUUCUUCUCGGAGGCAUGGCUGUGGGUCAGCUGCUCUUUUUGAACGUCGGCCUCGCGCGCUACGAAGCGCUCUACGUGGUCCCGACCACGAUGAGCGUCUUGAUUGUCAGCAGCUGCUUUGCUGAAAUCGCUCUCUUCAUCAACGUCCUCCACAUGCCACAGACGGAGUUCUUGCUCUUUGCAGGAGGAUGUUUCUCUAUCGUUGUAGGAAUUAUGAUUCUCUCGAGUGCGAGUGUCGAGAGAUUUGAAGCAAGGGAAGCUCGUGCGGACAACAAGGGAGUCUCAGUUGAUGUGGAAGAGGUCGAAUUCUCCAGUGUCUGUUCCUCAAGCGUAGACUCAACUUCUGGACGCCUCAACGAUGGCGAGGACGACAGUGUUCCUCAGGAAUUUCGACAAGUCUUUGCAGCCUUGGAAAUGGAGACAGAAGUGCACGCGCAGACGGCAUACCGCCACCACACUGUCUCUUUUCCCGCUCCCGACACGCUGUACGAUCUGCCUCACAGAGAAAAGACAGACGGGGGAGGAGACAGGCAAGAGACUGCAUGCAACCAGGAGGGAAACGCGGAUCGAAGGAGGAAAGAUGCAGAGAAAAAACAAAUAAACGAGAAAGGCAGAGCACGCGACACACAGAGAUUGAAAAACGAGCUUGAAGGGCAAGCACACAGGAGCACAACGAAGCCACCAGGACAAGGAAUCGAAGGCGAAAGAGGGGAGCAGAUAUAUGGCACUUCGUCCCUGCUUUCUCAUCGUUUCCUUCCGCCCGCAUGGACUCUACGCUUUUCUCUCUCUUCUGAAAGACGGCGAAAAGCAAAGGGAUACGUGUAUUUGUCCGACGUGCCGCCUUUGCCAGAGGGCGUAGGUUGCUUCGGUUAUCAACAGGUUUCGGCAGAGAAUUCGACGCGGGCUGUCUCUUCAGCUUCUCUUGAGGCGAGUAGUUUCUCUGAGAGCAGCCAGCAGGGGGCAGAAGGCGAGAACAACAGAGACCACAGUUUCCCGCGCUUUCCACAAGACACACAGGGAGUGAAUCCCCAUCUUAUCGCAGCUAGCGAGACGCUGCGGGAAUAUGCGCACCACAGACACGCUGUGUGCUGUUUGCAUGAGCGGGACCCUCGGCCGAAAUCUGCGGCUCUCAGUGAAAACAGUUCUGACCCAGACAGAGAAGCUAGUUCUGUGUCGGGUAGAGACAGUAGUUCUGUGUCGGAGAGAGAAAGUAGUUCUGUGUCGUAGAGAAAGAGCGAGAGAGAAGGACAAAGAGAGUAAAAUAUCGGGAAGUCGCAUAGUAUCUCUCCGCCAAGUACGCCUGAUCUUCGUGGAAAAAACCUGCUGUAUAGAAGGAGAAAAGGGAAGGACGAGGAAGAGAGCGAAGGGCACUUGCAGGAAGGGAUGAGUGACACGGUCCUUGCCUUGCACUUUUUACGCCGAAAGCAGGAAGUGUACAUGUCCUUCGGAGACGACGGAGAGAAACAUGGAGGGACGGUGGAAGAGAGAUGUGCUUCUUGGCUUCAACAGACGUGAACGUUGAGCAGAUGACGCAUGGACGCCGCAGUGAGAGAGACGAUGCGGUGGUCCGAGCAGCGAAGUGGACUGGAGUAAUAACAAGGAGACACGGGUACGGGUAUUGACAGGAAAGAACAUCCAAGGGAAAUGGAGUUGAACGAGAAAGAUUGAAACGAUCAAGGAGUUGCUAAUAGAGAAGGGGAGGUGGUGGAGGACCAGCAGACAGAAUUUUGCAUAGAGCAGCAUUUGCGGUGCAGGACUGACAAGAAAGGAACUUCGUUGGAAUGCCGUGGCUCCUAGGCUUUUCCACAAGAAGUGCCACGAUAAAGUUUGCUAUGGCUAUUCCCCGUAGUUGAUCAAUCACAGGCGCAACCAGCCACAGGGAAAACGAGGGCCAAGCAAUUUUUUUCGGAAAUAAGGAGGUGUCUUGUCUGAAACCGCUCAGCAGUGCUGCGCUUUUGAGAAAUUGUUUAUAAUUUUAUAGACGCUCAAAUGUAGGAUUGAAGAGGUCAAACGAAAAAGGGGGUUCGUAGCGCCACCUCAUAUCUUACCUGAGUGGCUUUUUCUAGCCGGUUACACUGUGCUGACUGCCAUGGGGAGUUAGAACUAAAUACCAAGUCCCUUGCCUGGACGAGUGGAACGCUCUGUUUGGCUUGCCACGGAAAAAUGGAUAGCAAGAGAGGUACAUAGUUACGUGUGCAAAUCGGUAACUAUCUAUUUCGUAUUUGAUGUGUGCUUCGGAGAGAGAGAGACGGUGAGCAAAGAAUGGUGACAUGGGGCUUAAACCGUUUCUGUGAUCAUGACUUUUUUUCAUAUAUGGAACCGACUUUUUGGCAACCGGGCUUGGGAGGCAGGGAAUGUGGUCAUGCUAUCAGAUGCACCGUUUUUGCAUGAUCAGACGUCCUGAGACUUGGAGAGAUACAUCGCUCGACAUUUAGGAUAGUGUUUUAGGUAGAUAAGCUUACAGCUAGUUCCAUUUCAGCCAGACGGGCUUGUGAAACAAAUCCAGCAGUGACCGUGUAGACGCAAAUCCUUCACAGCGACACAGAAAAGGGAAGAAGCAUUUAUUUACUCCGUUCCAAUUGGUGACUCGUAUUUGUCAUGUACAUUUCUACUCUCGGCACGGCAAGGCUUUCAUGUAUAUUUCCUAAGCAGAGGAGGUUAGUAAACAGCGAACGACAAAAGGAAGCUGCGAAGCGUCUCUCCCUUCAUUUUCAAAAGCAGAUGCAAACACAAUAACCGUUAAGUAUACAGACGUUCAUGCACGGCUGUAUAUUUAUGCGUCGUUAUCGGCUUAGGCAUGCCAACCAGGAUGGGCAAAUCUUUUCCUUAGAGAGAUCUGCAAGUGCGUUUCGAGGCUGUUGCUCCCACAAGCACUGUUUGAUCUUGCGAGGUCGCACUCUGACGAAAAUUGAGAUUUUCAUGUACAUGCGAAGGCGCUCAUUCGUGCCAUCAAGGUUUCACCCAGAAAAGGUCCGAUGAGAAUCGGGUACAUGGAGGGCGGACGAGCGUGCACUUUCUGAAUUUACCCCGGCUGCCAAAAUCUGUCGUUCUGCUUCUCCAGCGUUGGCGUGAAACAUCUCACUUCGUCCACAUCCUCGUGGAUGUGAAUAGGUACAAGUCUAUCUGCAUGCGUUUGUUAACCGUGUCCCUUUCAUCGAGAAAAAACAAGUGUUUUGACAAGUCGUUGAUAUCUUGUUAACGGGUCACCGACUGAUUUGAAGCUUGUCACCCUGUCGCCCAUCGGUUGUUGGAGGACUUCCAAAAACCGGUGUUUUCCCUUUCUUCUAUGUUGACGUGGCACAAAGCAAGCCACACUGUUGAAGAACUACAGGGGGACUGAGAAGCUCAACGGCAUGCAGGCAUGGAGAGGCAGACGGAGACGACGAUAUGUACGCAUGGGCCUAAAUGCACACGAUCAUAAAGUCACUUUUUAUCGAGCACAUUGUUACGCCUCUGGUUUCGAGGCGACUUCUGUAAAAUUGGAAUACUUCCCUUCUCUGAAUACUAUCACCAGUCGGUUCGCUUCGCUGCCGUGUAGAAGGAUGUCGAUUUUCAGCACACCGGCGUCUGGCGUAAAGCAGGAAAAAACAGGCGGUUUUCUGGCACUCGCUCAGAUGAAGAGGAAACCGUAGACGCUAUUGGCUUCGUCUGACGUUGCUCUUGCGUCAGAAUAGUGGGGGUAAUGAUACGACGCCUCCAUGCUGUGAUUUUCCCUUUCACACAUGCCUGGGGAGAAAUCUGUAACUUGUUUUUCGUUCCGUUUUGUUGCACACGAAAAUGAUCUAGAGACGUGGCGGUCCUUCGUAGAACGUUAACAUCCACUGCAACAUACGUCAUGAGUCCAUCGUUUCUGCCUGUGUGUAUCCCUGGAUAAAAACGAAUAAAAUGACUUUCAGCAUGUAAAUGAAUAAUACAUGUCGUUGAGGGAGCAGCCAUUGACGUUCUUACGUUUUCCGAUCACACCAAAAAAAACGGUUUCACCUGGGGAAAGAGCGAAUUCUUUCUUUCAUGUGUUGUCCAAGCGUUCCGUAUGGUUUCGACACCUUUUCAUUUUCCCUUUUUUUUCCGCCGGGCAAAGAAUCCUCGCCGUCCACGUGGGACGUGGGAUGAUAACUGUGUCGCGGACUACAGUGCACCGACACGAUUCCUUCCUCACGUUCUUCAAACUGUUUGACCUGUGUUUGUUUUUCUUCCCAAGUGGAAAACACUGCAUCUGUUAACACUAGGCUAAGACUUUAGUCUGCCCUUUUGGUUGCUGUGCGGUUGUCACGCUGGAAACGAAAUUUUGAAGUUGAAACAGGGUUACCAUUUUAUGUUUUCAGGACUCGCAACACCCAACGGUUUUCGCCGGAGAGACGAC